AUGAGUCAAGACGAUAUAUUGCAAUCAACAAAAUCUGUCAUCCAAGGGUUAGAUGCAUUGAAAAAUGAACAUGGUAAACUGCUUGAAAGUAUUAUUGAAGCGAUGAAAUCACCAACAUCACCAUUAUUAUCUUCAUCUUCUCCGAAUAAUACGAUAACGUUACCAUCUGGUAUCAGUUUACCAACGGAUGCAAAUAAAUUAGAAGAAAAAAUUGGUUUAUUACGAAAGUCAAUGGAUAUGAUUGAAUUGGGUAUUGGUGAGGCACAAGUAAUGAUGCAAUUGGGAAAUCAUUUACAAAAUUUAGAAGCUGAAAAACAUAAACUACGUACACAAGUCAAACGUUUGUGUCAAGAAAAUGCAUGGCUAAGAGAUGAGUUAGCAUCAACACAAAAAAAACUACAUGAAUGUGAACAAUCGAAUGCACAAUAUCUAGUAGAAAUUGAUCAUUUAAAAUUUUUGAAAGAUGUUAAACAAUAUGAUGUGGAUAAUAAUUCAUCUACAUCACAAGCCUUGACAACAUCAGCAUCAGGCGUUAAUAGUUUGUAUAAAGGAGUUAAUGAUCAAGAUAAAGAUUUAGUUAAUGAUCUGUUUCCAAAUGAUGAUGAUCAAGGUGGACAAGAUUAUAUGGAUAAUCAAGAUGGACAAAAAAAUGAUAUGAAACGUUUUGGAUCAUAUGCCGAUUUAAUGAUGUCGCCUAGUCAAUCAGCAAGUGGAUCAUUUAUGUCACCAACAGGUUAUGAAAUUCCAGCAAGAUUAAAAACAUUGCAUAAUCUUGUGAUACAAUAUGCCUCUCAGGGCCGUUAUGAAGUAGCCGUUCCAUUGUGCAGACAGGCACUUGAAGAUUUAGAGAAGACUUCUGGACAUGAUCAUCCCGAUGUUGCUACUAUGCUUAAUAUAUUAGCUCUUGUUUAUCGUGAUCAGUCAAAAUUCAAAGAAGCUGGUUCCUUACUCAAUGAUGCUUUGGCUAUAAGAGAGAAGACACUCGGCCACGAUCAUCCAGCUGUAGCGGCAACUCUGAACAAUUUGGCCGUUUUAUAUGGGAAACGUAACAAAUACAAAGAAGCAGAACCACUUUGCAAACGAGCCUUGGAAAUACGUCAGAAAGUUUUGGGCCAUGAUCAUCCUGAUGUUGCCAAACAGUUGAGUAAUUUAGCAUUACUAUGUCAAAAUCAAGGAAAAUAUGAUGAAGUUGAAUCAUAUUAUAAACGUGCAAUUGACAUUUAUACAAAACGAUUAGGAGUUGAUGAUCCGAAUGUAGCUAAAACAAAAAAUAAUCUGGCGUCUGCUUAUUUGAAACAAGCCAAGUAUAAAGAAGCAGAACAACUCUACAAAGACGUUUUAACAAAUGCACAUGCGAAAGAAUUUGGUAUGCAACAGUCACAACAACAAGGAAAGCUACCGAAUGAUGAUCCAAAACUAAAUAAUGUUACUAAUGCCCAAUCUUCCAUUGCGUCUCCAGGACCAACACCAACUGCAAAAGGCAAUAAUAACAAUAAUGAAACACAACAAGGUGGAUGGUAUAAGAAUGUUCGUACGGAUACAUCCCCAGCUAUAGUCACACUAAAACAUUUAGGUUUAUUAUACCGACGUCAAGGAAAAUAUGAGGCAGCCGAUACAUUAGAAAAUUGUGCGUCACGAGCAAGAAAAGAUCCACAGGCUAUUGCACAAGCAUUAAAUAUCGUUAAACAGACUAAUUCUACGGGAACACUUGGCACAAUACCAACAAAUGAAAAUGAACAAAAAGUAACGUCACAAGUUGGACAAACAACUUCUUAA